AUGUCGACAGGCGUCGCCUCGAGCUUGAACACCGAAAGCACUCAAAAAGUUCCAAACUGGACUGCAUCUGUCGUGAAAAACGGUGCAACUUCCAAUGGGUACACUGUCGCACCAUCUCCUGUGGCCUCGACCUCGUCCGGGUCCCUAGUCUGGCAGCCUCCCAUCCAGCCGGCAGUCCAACAACCUGCUCAAAACGAAACAAGUUAUCCUUCUUCUGCGUGGAAACCACACAAGGCGGAGAAAAGGACAGCUGAGGAGCUAGAGAUUACUGCUGCUACUGCUGCGAGGGUUGCAACUCGAAUUGCCGAGGACCAGGCUGCUGUGCUCAACCCUGAUGUCGACACGCCUUUUGAAGACGAACACGAUGUUGUGAAACGGCUCCUUCCUUAUCACAUUUACCAACAGCCCAAGGACGAUCUCCAGGCCAUUUUGGACAGCAAAGGGAAGGGCAAGUCCGUGGACCGAGGACUCGAGGCCGAAAUUGAAGAAACCAAGUUUGCCAUUGAGUGCUAUAAGCGUCUUGAACGGCUAAAAGCACGUUGGCGCAGGGUUAAAAUUCGAGAGGGACAACGCGCUUCUCCGGACGACCAGGCCUAUGUGUUAGCGCAAUUGGUUCUCGAGGCGGAGCGAACGGAGACAGCGGUGUUAAGCAAUGAACUGAAGACGGCCAGAAACGAAUUGGAUCGGAUACAGAAGGAACAGCGCUUAGCUGCCAAUACAGCUAGGAUGACACAGUUUCCUGCUGCUCCAGCAAGUACACCGACUACUACAACGCCAGCACCAAUAUCGGCGCCGUAUUACCGUUCCUAUUCUUAUGCCUACGCCCAGCCGUAUGGUAACCCCGCAGCCCAUGCCACAACAUCAACAUUUCCUGCGACGCCGACGACAGCCCCGAGUCCAACAACGUACACACCGUAUCAGCCUGGUGGUGCCAUCCCUGUUCAACUUCCCGUAUCAUCAUUACCAGCGCUUCACGCUCUUGGAAUCAUCCCUGUGCCGGCAACUGCGCUACCGCCAGAAGGACAGCCCCAACCACCAGCUAUUCUUAGAGGGUCGUCUGCCAACGGUUCGAUGUUGAGCUUAGAGAUUAACGUCUCUCUGCUGCAGUCUGCGCAGAUGAGCGGUCUUGCGAUUAUCCUAAACUCGUUGGUGGCGCGGAAUACUAGUUUGGCAGCCUCGGCGCCUGGAGCGUAUGCGGCGCAUGGGACAACAAUGACAGCUCCAAACCCGACGACCAAUGGAAGUAGUUGA